GCCAUGGCUCCAUCGUGUCUGCUUGCAACAGGCCAUGCAAGAGAUCUCGGGACGAUUACGAGGUUGGAGGCGCCACUAAGUUCCUGGUCUGUGAGUCUUAAGUAGUAGGAAGUUCGAGUCCUUUUGAAUUCGGCACCAGAAACACGGAGCAGCUCUUCCAAACAUGGAGAGACUACGACGACCCUCCAUCGUUCUGCUUCUGCUCGCAUGUUCGGGAUGUUUUCGAGCUACAGUUGCAGAUGACUGCUACCUGGUGGCACCGAACGUGUUCCGCCUCGGCUCCAAGGAAACGGUGGCGGUGGCGGUCGAAGGUGGGGCUGCUCAAGAGGUUCGAGUCAGCCUGCAGAAGCACCCAAAUCAGCGGGGUGUCUUCUUCACCGAGACACGCACAGUCUCCCCAAGAAGGCCCGAAGUCUGGGAUGUCGGCGUGGAGCUCGCGGACCUCCCCGACUUGACACUCGGCAAAGCUCCGGUUUACGUGACGCUCGAAGUCAAGUGUGGGUCUCUGUGGACCAGGAGUGCUCAAGUGUUGGUGAGCCCAAAGUCCGGAGAGCACCUCUUCUUGCAGACCGACAAGCCCAUCUACCAUCCGGGAAGCGCAGUAAAGAUACGAUUUAUUGCAAUGGACGAAACGCUUAGACCUUCCAACAAAAAAUUCAAGGUGGAAAUACAGAACCCUCAAAACGUCACGGUGGAGGCACGAGACUUCGAGCCUACGACAGGACCUAUGCUCACCCAUGUGGUCACGCUGCCCGAACACACCCUGCUGGGCGAAUGGAAGGUCGUGGUCAAGUACGGCUACAAGUUUGAACAGAAUGAGACUGUAACGUUUGAGGUGAAGGAGUACGUUUUACCGAGGUUUUCAGUGGAGCUCAGCACCGUGAAAUACGUCCCAGACAACUUCACAGAUGUGCCGUUCUUCGUCCAUGCAAGAUUUCUGAACACGCAGCCUGUUCAAGGGGUCGUCCAGUAUCGCUUCGGCCUCAAAAGUGAAGCUGGCAAAGAACAGUGGAUCGGCAACGGAAAAGAGCCCAAACUCCUUAUUGACGGAAUAGCACGUUUCCAAGUGGACAGAGACAGCAUUGCGCGGCGUCUGGGAGCUCCUCUGGAGAGUCUGUUCCGUGGCCGAUACCGCCUGGUGAUCGAGGCCACGGUGACCGAAGAGGCGACCGCCGCCAAGCAGUCUGCUCGCAACGAGAAGGCCGUCUUCUCCACCACGCCGUUCGUCAUCUCCACGAGCAAGAGCCAGAAGAGCUUCAAGCCUGGCGUAAAGACCUAUGCCAUCGCCCAAGUGACGUACCUGAACGGAGAUGCUGCCCGAGGAAUCGAGAUGCAGUUGACAAACAGGGGUCCGAAGAACCUAAGCACGAAGGCAACCACAGACAAUGAUGGCAUCGCCACAUUUCCCAUCUCGACAGCAAUCAACGACGAUUCCCUGAACUUGAAGGUGGAAACAAUCGACAAAGCGUUUCGACAGAGCGAGCAGGCCCAAGUUGAGUUCCAGCUUUCGAAGUAUGAGCAUACAGCAAGAGGCUUCAUAGCGAUCGAAAGAAGAGAUCCCAAAAAAAAGUCCAGGCCCAACGAAAUAUACGAAGCUGUGCUGUUUACCUAUCCUCCAAACAAGGUUUCUUCUGUAUAUUACGUGGUGCUGUCCAGGGGCCGGAUCCUGAAGGCGGAGGUGCUGGAGGAAGGCCAGAUCAUCGAGCGGGGCUUGAAGUUUGUCGUCACUACGGAAAUGACUCCCAGCUUUCGGGUGGUCACCUUCGCUCGAAUCGACGGUCACAUCGUCAGUGACUCCAUCUACGUGAGCGCAGAACCUACCUGCUCGGUGGCCUCACAG